AUGGAAAGAAUUGAACAUUAUGAACAAUUAUAUUGGAUAUUCAAAAACCAAAGCUCGCUGGCCAAACCGGGAAUUUAUAGAUCCUCCUUAUUGUUUCUCUUCCUCCCUGGUCCUCAGUGGCUGAAGGUGAAGGUGUUGUCCGCCCACGACAAGGGGCUCCCACGCCGAGGUGGAGGUCAAGGUUCAGAAGGUCCUUCGGCAGGACACCAGGGUGCGGCAGGAGGGCGGGCGGGUCACCCUCUACCCCGAGUCCUGGACCGCCGGGGCUGCACCUGCCCCAUCCUCAACCCAGGAGCUGAGUACCUGGUGGGGGGCCACUCGGACCGGAAGGCGGGCCGCCUGCUGGUCAACAUGAAGAGCCUGGUGCUCCCGUGGAAGGCCAGCCUGGGCCGCAAGCUCCUCCCCCUGCUCCGCAAGGACUGCAGCUGGUAGCCCGCCGCCGCCGUCGCCGUGGAAACAGACGGACAGACAGAGGCGGGGCAGAGCGACGGGACGGAGGGAGAGAGGGGGCGAACCAGAAGGAGUUAACCGCACAGCUUUGAAACGAUGACGGGGGGUGACGAGGCAGCGGUGUUUUAUACUUGGGGGGGGGCGGAUGGUUAUCGAAUUCUGCUUCUUCUUCUUCUCUGGAUAAAGGACUGGUUGGUUGGUCAGACUCUGUAGACUGUUUAAGAACCCCCCCCCCCCCCCCCCCCGCCGGGCUCUGCCGUCGUCCAAUGACAGGGCGGUACAGACACACAGAGCCAAUCACGGCUCAAGGAACCUUUGUGAAAGGAUUUUGGUUUCAUAUGCGCUCGAGUUAUCAUUUUUUAUGCUGCAUGCAUGCAUAUAUAUGUGUGUAUAUAUAUAUAUAUUUAUAUAUAUAUAUAUAUAUAUACAUGUAUAUAAAUACACACGACCCCAGCCGUGUCCCCAGAGGCGAGCUGAAGGCUACGGACGAGAGACGGACUCCAGUGUGCUUCGUUCCGGGCCCCUGGGGAAGGCUCUCUGUAAACAACUCGCCGUCCCGUGGGACAAGAACCACGUUCAUGUGCACACAUGCACACGCAUAUUCACAUCGUACACACACACACACACACACACACACACACACACACUGAAACAUGUUGUGUCGCAACAUUUUAUUACAUGGACACAAAACAGGAUUCUUUCUCUUUUAAGUUCUUCCAAGAAGAACUGACCAAACCACACACAAAAACGUACACACACACACACACACACACACACACACAAAGACUCACACUUUUCCCUGGUCCGCCCAGUUCAACUGGACCAGCCGUUCAGGGAAGUAAAUAUUACCGCAGCAGACGCACAUGCCAGUAACCACGGAGACGUCCGAUUAAGCCAUACAUGCCGCUACAGGUGACUCAGCCUGUAGCAAGUCCAGGUGCGCCGGUGUAGAAACCACAGCUGAAAGGGGCUCGCUCCCCGACGAGAAUGUAUUUGUGUGUCUGUGUGUGUGUGUGUGUGUGUGUGUGUGUGUGUGUGUGUGUGUGUCCUGUGUUGUGUGUGUGUGUGUGUGUGUGUGCGCGUAUGCGUAUGUGUGUGCGCAUGUGAGAAAGAAAGUGAGAAAGACAUUUUGAGCACAGAUGCAGUUUAAAAAAAGGCUUCAAAACUUUGAUGGACAUUUGUGCUUCUCUGUAGACAAAUCAGUGUACAGUGCGAAUCGACAAAGCUUCAUCCAAGCUACGUCAGUAGGUGUAGCGCGGAGAACGCUCCGCUCUCUGCAUUUUUUUUAAAGCCACGGCCUUCAAUCUUUUUGUGUUUUUCUCGUAAGUGACAUUUUGUAUAUAUCUUAUAAAAAAUAUCCUUGCUCAUCCCUGCGGUUUGUUUAUCUUCCUUGUUCUCUGAAAUGGACCGAAAGCCCACAAGAGUUACCAGAAAUGUCCCUGUUGUUCUCGAGGAGCCUUGAAAUGCCCAAGAUAAGUUCGCAAAAAAUAUCCUUAUCUGUAAGGUCCGUCCCCUCUCUCCCUCUGUCCCUCUCUGUCCCUCUCUCCCCCCCCCCCCCCCCCCUGGUUUUUCCCGUCUCUCAAGCGACGUGUUCCCGCCUCCCUUCGCUGUUUGUCGCUUCUGUUUGUCGCUUACGUCGUCGUCGUCUUUCCCCAAAACAAGCGUUGCUGCUGUUGACGCACCGGGCGCAGAACGCCCACCACAGCGGAACGGCGUGUAGGGGGGGGGGGGGCCUCUGCUGUGUGUGUUUGUUCGUGUGCAUGUGGGUUUGCGUGUGUAUGUGUGGCUGGUCUGUGUGCCUGCGUGUGUGUGUGUGUGUGUGUGUGUGUGCAGGUUAAUGGCCUAUGUGUGUGUGUGUGUCCGUGUGUGUGUUGUGCUUUCCAUGACGGCCGCCCCUCUGUCCCACCAGGGGUGACGUGCUUGGCGGGUAUGUGUGGAGGCAUUCCCCUGCCCCCCCACCCACCCAUGGACUCGCGCCCGGGGGAGGGUCCCUCACCUGCCUUGCUCAUGGAGGGCAUUAACAGGGCAGGGGGCCCAAGGCCGGGUACACACCCCCGUACGCCCUCUCAGACGUUUAGAGAGAGAAUCACCACAGUUAUUAAAGAAGGCAGGGGGGGGUGGAGGGCAGAUGUGUUGACUUGGGGGUUGCCGCCGUGGGAUGCGACCCGGGCCUGUGUGUGGGUGUGUGUGUGUGUGUGUGUGUGUGUGUGUGUGUGUGUGUGUGUGUGUGUGUGUGUGUGUGUGUGUGUGUGUGUGUGUGUGUGUGUGUGUGUGUGUGGGUGGGGGUGUGUGGGGGUGUGGGGGGGGGGGGGGGGGGGUGUGUGUGUGUGUGUGUG